CUUGGCAGCCGGUAGUAGCCAUGUUUUCAAGAUCUGCAGUGGUCUUCGUGCCAUCAUGCACUCAGGUGCGUGGAAUGGCCACCUUGAAGGAUAUUCGUAUCCGACUAAAAUCGGUUACAAAUAUCCAGAAGAUCACCAAGUCCAUGAAGAUGGUUUCAGCAGCUAAGUUUGCAAGAGCCGAGAGGGAGCUGAAACCAGCUAGAUCUUAUGGUCAUGGAGCUCAAGCCUUCUUUGAACGCUCUGAGAUAGAACAAGACUUGAGUCAGCCAAACCACCUGUUGAUUGCAUGUACCUCUGACAGAGGUCUGUGUGGGGCAGUCCAUACCAACAUUGUUAAGGCUGUGCGAUCAGUGAUGAAUGAACAGCAGGCGGGAAUUGACACCAAAAUUGUGGCCAUUGGUGACAAAGCCAGAAGCAUGCUGCAGAGACAAUAUGCAGAUAACAUGCUCCUUCAUUUUAAUGAUUUUGGCAAGAAACCACCAGUUUUCACAGAUGCAAGCAAGAUAGCUGAAGCCAUCACAGAGACAGGUUUCAAGUUUGAUGUUGGCACUUUGUACUUCAACAUUUUUAAAUCUGUAGUAUCCUACAACACCACAUCGAUGCCCAUUUAUUCACUGGAUUCUGUCAAUAAAGCAGAGAAACUUAGCCUGUACGACUCAUUAGAUGAAGACGUUCUCACAUCUUACAAUGAGUUUGCCUUGGCCAGUCUCAUCUACUUUGCCCUAAAAGAAUGUGCAACUAGUGAGCAAAGUUCCAGAAUGACAGCUAUGGACGGAGCCAGUAAAAAUGCAGGUGAGAUGAUUGACAAGUUGACUUUGACGUUCAACAGAACCAGACAGGCUGUGAUCACCAAGGAGCUGAUUGAGAUCGUGUCUGGCGCAGCAGCCUUGAAUUGAUCAAGGUUUCAUUAUAGAGACCAAUAAUCAAUCUGUAAAUUAAACCAGGAGAACCAACAGUAGUGCUAGCCAGAUGUACAGCAUUCAAGUCAAUCUGGGUAAAGACCCUUCUCAGGAAAUUUCAACUGCAGGAUUUCGUAAAAAUUUCUCCAUCAUACAGAAUGCUCUUUUAAAAUUGACUGAGUAAGGCCUUCUAUCCAGACUGCAAGGCGUGUAAUGUUUUGUCUCUUUUGUGUGCUCAUUUAUCCGUUGUAUUCAUGCAGGUCAGGGUUUUCUGGGCUGAAGACCACAGUUCCAAGAACCAUGCUAAGACAAUAAAACGGUUGACAAAAAUAAAAUUGUUACUUUA